GCCAGCGCCAUGCAUGCAUACACAGUCCAGGCGUCAAGUUCCAUAAAUAUGGACGCCAAGUUGUCAAUCACAUUCAUCCUCUUCUCUGCAACAAUUCAGCUCCUCGCCUUCACCAACGCCAUUGCUUUAGACCACUGUGCUUCUGAACCCCUCCACUUGGACGUCGCCCUCAUUCCCAUUUACUCCAAAUGCUCUCCCUUCCAGCUUCCCAGCGCUCGCUCAUGGCUCGACACUCUCAUGAUCAUGGCAUCCACGGACUCCCAACGCCUCCACUACUUAUCUUCCCUUCUGCCUAAGAAGCGCUCCACGUCUGUCCCUAUCGCCUCCGGCCUCGCUUUCAAUAUCGGUAACUACGUCGUCCGGGUCAAGCUCGGCACUCCCGGCCAGCUCAUGUUCAUGGUCCUGGAUACUAGUAGUGAUGAGGCCUGGGUCCCAUGCUCCGGUUGUACGGGCUGCUCCGCCGCCGUCACUUUUUCACCCAAAGCUUCUGCAACAUACAGGUCAUUGGAUUGCUCCGUUCCCCAGUGCAGCCAGGUCCGUGGAUUCUCGUGCCCCGACGCGGGAUCUGACCCGUGUUCGUUUAACCAUUCCUACGCUGGUUCGUCGUUCUCCGCCACGCUGGUCCAAGACUCUCUCGGACUAGCAUCUGAUAUCAUCCCCAAUUAUGCUUUCGGCUGCGUCAAUAACGUCGCCGGCGGUCCACUCCCCUCCCAAGGGCUGCUGGGUCUGGGUCGGGGACCCUUGUCGUUAUUUUCGCAAUCGGCCGGAUCACUCUACAGAGGAGUAUUCUCCUACUGCCUUCCCAGUUUCAAGUCAUAUUUCUUCUCAGGGUCGUUGAAGUUAGGACCCAGAGGUCAACCCAAACGCAUCCGUACCACCCCACUAUUGCGUAAUCCCCGCCGGCCGUCUCUGUACUACGUGAACCUGACCGGUGUCAGCGUGGGUCGGGUCCACGUCGGUUUACCUAGCGAGCUCCUGAGUUUCAACCCUAACACCGGAGCUGGAACGAUUAUAGAUUCAGGUACGGUGAUUACCCGAUUCGUGGAACCAGUGUACGGUGCAAUCAGGGACGAGUUCAGAAGACAGGUGAAAGGUCCUUUUUCGAGCUUGGGGGCAUUUGACACUUGCUUCGUGAAGAGCUACGAGACAUUGGCUCCCACCAUUACAUUACAUUUCUCAGGGUUGGAGCUGAAAUUGCCAUUGGAGAACAGCUUCGUACAUAGCAGUUCGGGGUCGCUAGCCUGCUUGGCUAUGGCGGCGUCACCCAAUAAUGUGAACUCGGUGUUGAAUGUGAUAGCCAAUUUGCAGCAGCAGAACCUUAGGAUUUUGUUUGAUACUGUCAAUAAUAAGGUUGGAAUAGCCCGUGAACUCUGUAACUAGCUGGCUAGCUAUUUGCUAUAUUUAAAUUCUUGGUAUUUAUAACUUUGCUGUUUGCCCCGGCCGGUCUGACCUGGUGGCUAAAAAAGUUGAUGGUGAAUAAGCGUGGUGGCUCUGGGAAAUGUUGAAGGAGAGAUCUUAUCUUUAUCAAUGCGAGAGUAUCAUCGCGAAGUUUGAUCCUUCUGUGUUGAUUUGUAAACUUGGCUUUGUUUCAUCAGCUGAGUCUAUUAAGCUGUUGGAUGACUUUUUUUAUUUUUGAAUUUCCAAUUUUUAAUCAAGUAUUUUUUGUUGUAUGUCGUGGUCGGGGAUCUCACUUUCUGCAGAUGAUAUUCAACUCUCGUAUAUUUCCGUACCUUUGAAGGAGAGAGUAGAGGUUUUCUUGGAGCUAUUCGUAAAAUUGUAGAUUUUAUUACCGCCAUCACAUCAUGUAAUUUGGAUAUCUUAAUUUAAAAUUUUCUUUGUUUAA